AUGGUAAAAGGAACUUUGAUUGUCAGACCUAAGUCUGCUGUCUUGACUCAUGAUACUGAACUUUUUGGAAAAAUGGAUCCUUUUGUUAUUAUCACUAUUGGUAGUUAAAAGAAGACCUCAGCUGUAGCAAAAGAUGCAGGAAAAACCCCUGCUUGGUGUGAUUAAUUUAACUUUUAGAUAUUAAGCGAAGAUAUGAUGACAUUCUCAAUCUUUGACCACGAUACCAUGUCUAAGAACGAUUUUAUUGCUGAAGGCGGUUUCGCUCUUGCAAAUGUACUUAAGGGAGGUAAGAGAACUGAAACUAUUAAUUGUAUGAGAAAAGGAAAACCUGCUGGUAAUUUAGUCUGUGAAUUUGAAUUUUUACCUGAUUAACAAAAUGUUGCUUAUGUUGUUCAAUAACCUGUUGCUUAUGGAUAACCUGGCUUUUAACCUGUUAUGUAAUAAGGAUAUCCCUAAUACCCUGCUCAAUAACCUUAUCCAGGUUAAUAACCCUAUCCUGUAUAAUAACCUUAUCCUCCCUAAUAGGCCUAUCCUCCUCAAGCUGGAUACCCCUAAUACCCUGCUUAAGGAUAUCCUCCUCAAUAAGGCUAUCCUCCUUAGUAAGGAUAUCCUCCUUAACAAGGAUACCCACCUUAACAAGGAUACCCACCUCAAUAAGGUUACCCACCAUAAUAAGGUUACCCACCUCAACAAGGCUACCCACAAUACCCUCCUAACCCUUACCAAUGA